AUGACAAACCUCAGACUUCGUUCCAAGUACGGAAUUCCCAGUUGGGUUCCCUGGUGGAACUUACAAGAGACCGCCUACAACGCAGUCGACUUGUCAGAACGAUUGGGCGACAUAGAGCUUGGCUGGAAAGCGCGUUCGAAUCAGGGUCCUAUUCUCUCAUCCACGACAGGGAACCCUCUGGUCCCUGCCUCUCAGCAAUUCAGAAAUAUCCCAUUCUCAACCAGCCAUGAAACAGCAGGAAACUUGGGCCCGACGCAAAGCUUCAAAGCAGUAGAUGCCGAGACAGGCUGCCUUAUCACAGCCGGUUAUGAGAUCGCUGUUCUGUAUUACACCAGCUUCAUGUCUGGGAAUGAAAAGAGCACAGUCGAUGGCCAGUAUCGUGAGACUAAUUAUCAUAUGCUCAACAACUCCGUUUUCCUUGCCACCAGUGGGCCCGUAAUCUGUGCCUUGGAAGUCUCAUAUCCACUAACGCUGGAGAUUAUCAAAUUUCUUUAUCACUGGAGGCGUAUGAUUAAGCUGAGAAGCCAACCGCCUGGUGCCAACGUAUUUGAUUCCUCUUCCCUAAAAAACGAAGAAGGCCACGCCUGGAACUUCUUUGUCAGACACUCAGUUCUCACUGUCACCCAGGUGUCGGGCUUUGCAGGGGAAAGACAAGAGUGGAGGCUUAAAUUGGAAGCAAGCCCUGGCUGGAAGACAAAUAGACAAUUGGCAUUAGUGGACAACUUACUGUCAGAGUCCGCAGAGCUCAUGAACUUUUGGAACCCGGAAGCCUUUGACGCUGUUGAGAAACUGGCGAAAGAACUGGAUAUUGCAAAAAGCACUCGGGAGAUACAGCACUGGCAUAGGACUCUUGGACGCUUUUCAGCUUCCUUUUGUGGCCGAGGAUGGAAGGGCGAUGCCGAUACCCAACGGUCGUUGAAAGAGGCGAAGCUUCGAACCUUGAAGAAAGCGCACGAGUUCCUCUUCAACACUUUAAGUCAGCUAUUCCCCGCAGGCGCUAAGAAAGAGACAAUGUUUUCGAUGCCGAUGAAUUUUGGCGAAAUUUCUCAGUUAUCGGAGGAAUGCCUGGGAGGUUAUCGAGAUGAGGAAGAAGCGGUUAGCAUCAUGGAGCAGAGGUGGAUGAACUGUACGAGCCUGUUUUCAGUACUCGCCGAGUCUGCGGAACUUCGUGGAGAAGCUAGAAGAGUAUUGGAGGACAGACGGGAAAUGUCAAGAAUGUUUGGCAUUGGGAGAGAAUCCGAAAGGAUUGUGAUUGAAUAA